GCUGUGGGCGUGAGGGGCACCGCGGGCCAGCCAUCGGCUCAUCGCUCGUUCCCCGUCCAACCUGGAUCUCCUUCCCCUCGCAUACCCGCCUCAACUCGUGCCCGCGCUGCGCCCCGUCUCAUGCUCCCCCUCCCCCGCCUUGCCCGCGCCCCCCUCCUCCUCGCCUGUCCCCGCGCGGCCUUCUCCGCCAGGUUCCUGGCUCCCCGCGGCGCCGACGGCGCCGCUUCAGAUGCCAUCGUUCGCCUCGUCGCGGCGGGCGGCAGCGGGCUCGAGGCCGACCUCGACCGCCUCGACCCCACCCUCUCCCAGGGGCUCGUCACCACCACCCUCCGCGCCCUCACCGACCGCGGCGUCCCCGCGGCCCGCUUUUUCGCCUGGACCUCCCUCCGCGGGGGCUUCACCCCGAGCGCACACGCACACAACCUUCUCGUCGAGAAUGCCGGGAAGCUGGCCGACUACCGGACUAUGUCGCGCGCCCUUGCGCUCAUGUCGGAGCGGAGGGUUCCCUUGACCGAUCGUGCGUUCGGCUUCUUGGCGCCUGGGGGGUCAUCCCGGAGCAGCUGCGUGGAGGACGCGGCGAGAGCGGUCCUGGCGGCUUUGGACGACGUCGGGGGCCCGUGCCGCUCGUCCGGCGUAUUCUCGCUUGUUAAGGCGCUGGCUUCCAUCGCCGAGUUCGACGCAGCGGUGUCAGUGAUCAAGGAGACGGCGAGGACGGCGCGCUAUUACAACGUCCUCGUCGCGGCGAAGUGCAAAGCCGGCAACUUUGUUGGCGCCCGCGAGGUGUUUGACGAAAUGAGGAGGUCGGGCUGCGACCCGGACGCCAACACCUGGAAUUACCUCCUCGGCUGCCUGCUCAAGAACGGAAGGCUUGCAGAAGCGUGCGGGCUUGUUGAGGCCAUGGAGAGGUCUCCCGGUGAAAUCCCAAACUCACUUACAUACGAGAUUCUCACAUACCACGCCUGCAAGGCUGGGAAGAUGGAUUCGGCAAUGCAGAUUCUUGAUCAGAUGUUCUCCGCAAAUCUAACGCCGAGAAUUACCAUACACACUGCAUUCAUCAAGGGGUACUUCUACGCCGGGAGAAUAGAAGAUGCUUGCAAGUAUGUCAGUGACAUGAGCACCAAGGACAGGCACUCUGCGAACAGAAACUACAGCCUGCUCGCCAAGCUGCUGCGGAAGUCGGGUAGGGCCAUUGAUGCAGGCAGGGUUCUAUAUGAGCUGAUGGAGAAGGGCCUGAGGCCUGAUCAUUCUGCUUAUGUUGAAGUGGCCAAAGAUCUGCACAAGAUGGGAAGGGGGGAUCUGACUUCUGAAUUGAAGUCGAUGUUUCAAAAGUUCAGUGUACAGGCAGAUUUUGGGAGAUGAUUUGUUUUUAA